AUGCCUCUCCACAAUAGCCAAUGGAAACACCCUUUGGCACAGUCUGGGUGUCAAGAUUUUUCAGAUCUCCCUAGGCUGACACUGACCUGCAGCCAAGACAUAGAUAUCAUAGAGUGCUCCUUGCAGUUCCCGGAUGACGAUUACUUCUGGUGGGACCUCUUCAUGAAGAUUUGCGUCUUUGUAUUUGCUUUUGUGAUCCCUGUCAUCAUCAUCAUCAUCUGCUAUACUCUGAUGAUCCUGCGAUUAAAGAGCGUCCGACUCCUUUCUGGCUCCCGAGAGAAAGAUCGCAACCUGCGUCGGAUCACCAGGCUUGUCCUGGUGGUGGUGGCAGUCUUUAUCAUUUGCUGGACUCCCAUUCACAUUUUCAUCCUUGUGGAGGCUCUGGGGAGCACCUCCCACAGCACGACUGCCCUCUCCAGCUAUUACUUCUGCAUCGCCUUAGGUUACACCAACAGCAGCCUGAACCCCAUUCUCUAUGCCUUUCUUGAUGAAAACUUCAAGAGGUGUUUCAGGGACUUUUGCUUUCCAAUUAAGAUGAGGAUGGAGCGACAGAGCACUACUAGAGUCAGAAAUACGGUUCAGGAUACUGCUUACAUGAGGGAUGUUGAUGGCAUAAAUAAACCAGUAUGACUAGUCGUGGAGAUGUCGUCUUAUAGUUCUCCAGGAAGAGAAGAGUUCAAUGAUCUAGGUUUAACUCAGAUUACUACUGCAGUCUGAGAUGGAAAAGUAGAAUGUCUAACAAACUUAGAAAUCUCCUGGUCCAAAGUCAUAAGGCUCAGGCUGCAUUAGCAACCCAGGUCAGUGGAAAUAUCAAGGCUUUAGGAUUGAGUACAAAAGAUCUGAGUUAGCAAACACAAUCCUUCUCUAUGGCAGUGAAGCAAGGCUGACUCUCAGUUCCUUUGACGAACAAGAAACGCCUUUUUUUUUCUGGUUACAUAGAUUUACUUAGGGAUUCAGCUGCUGUGACCUUCUUAUGCAAUGUGGUUUCAAAAUUUGUGCUUAAAAAAAAGAAAAAAGAACACUUGUUUCAGAUCUUAGUGGGCAUUCAAACCAGAUGCCUAACAUUGACAGUCACAACCUCAGUAAGAAUGACAACCAUUUCCAGGGCCCGUGCCCAGCUCACUUCAUGCGACACAGACACAUAUUUCAUGUUACUGUGUUAAUAAGGAUUCCAGCUUAAGUUUGACUUGGACCCAUACCUGAAUUGUCUGAUAUUUGCAUAUAAUAGAAAAUUAUCUUGAUCUUUAAAUAUGCAAAAAGUAGUUUCCAACAUAGUUUAAUCUCUUGAACACUAUAUUUUUUACCAUGGUAUUCAGAUAAAUUAUCUCAUGAUAAGGCAUGUCCUGAUGUUAAGAAACAAAAUGGUUUAAAUACCACCAAAAAUAUAUAUAGUUCCAUUUGUAAAUAAUAGUAUAUGUGUAAACAGGGAAUGGGUUUGCCUUCCAUCCAGGCAAUUUCUUGAGGCCAUGCUAAUGAUAUCUCCCAAGUAAUUUAGAGUAGAUAUUGAGACAUUUUGCUGCCACAUAAGCUUCUCUUUGUGAAUCAGUCAAUAGUGCCAUCUCUUUCAGACAUCCGGAGCACCAAUUAGUCCUUCAACAGUGCUCAUAACUCCCGUGUUAAUGAAUCACAAAAUAUUUAACUCAUUCCCAGGUUGUAGCUUUUGUAGAAUCUAGUUUAUAUGCAACAUCUCAUUAUGAAUAUAUACCUAUUACCAUAGUAUUCAUGGAGGAAGGGCAUUUUUUUCAUGUAAAUCUUGAGAGAUUAUUCUUGACUUUCAGAAGAAAGACUAGCUCCUAAUUGUGGGCUGAAUGAGGACAUUAUGUCAUUUGUGGGGUAUGGACAUACCUUGCACUGUGUUAUGUGAAGUGCAUACCUGCUGAAGAUAAUGGUUUGAACAACACAUUUAAGGUAAUUUUGCUAAAACUUGCAGGUGAUGUAUAAAUUCCCCCUUCUUUUCCCUGAAAGUAUGGUUUCAGAGGUAAUGACAUUUUCUGUAAUUUGCCUGGGCAAAGGAAAUGGAUAAUUUAGAAAUAACACCCAUCUUUUCCUUAGCCUAUGUGUUAUUAGGACAGCAUCCUCUUGAAUUUAAUAAGAAAAUCAAGUGUACAGAUCUAUAUAACUAUAGACAUCACUACUUUUAUAACUUCUGUUCACUGUGCAUUUUCUGUCUUGUGUAUAUACUCUCUCCUUCUGGACUGAAAGUUUUAUAUGUGGCUUCAGAAUUUUAGUAUGAUGAUGUUUGUCAAUUCCAGAUUUUCAUAGUACAUACAGAUGCCUUACUGCAGCAAGCAAGAUUUUUCCUGAUGAAAACAAAGUGCUUUUUGAUCAUUUAUUAAAUUUUAUUGAUUUUUUUCUUAGGUGUCCUUGUAGUCUUAUAAUAAAUGUAGAUAGGAAUGGCUUACAUAUUGGUUGUCAUUCACCCCAUGGUUAAAAAUCUUGGCUAUCAUUCAGAAGAGAUGUCCAUUUAGUGAGUAGUUCCAGAAAUAAACCCUACUGGAGUAGAAAAUACAGAAGCCUCUUUACAACAGAAAAACACAGGAGAUUUUCUUGAAGGAUUCUUACACAGUGCAAAACUAUAACAGAGACAAAAUCAUAGAACAAACUUAUAAUAAUGUGUUCUCUCUAAAUUGGUACCCAUACAUGCCUUCAUAAUAUCAGUUGCUAUUAUUGGAGCCUGACUGAGUUUUAGUCUAAUCAUCCUGCAUCUCUUCAUAUCUAAGUUUGCAGCCCAAGGAGAGAGACAAGUGGCUUUAAGUGUCCAUGAGGAGUGCUUUAAACCUCCAUUAUUACUAACACCAAUUUUCCAAAACUAAAAAAGGAGGGAGAAUAGCUAUGUAAUUUUAAGGCACUACAAUAAAGAAUGAUAAAGUGCAUCAUGUGCAUAAGGAAAAAUAACACAAAAAUGUUAUUUCUUCAUUAAAAGUGAGCAUGUGCAUAAGUGUGUGUGU